UCUCAUCACAAUCACAUAACUCAAUAGACAGCACAGCACAAAAUCAUUCUCCAAUGGCCAAAGCAACAACGCUUUUGGCCAUUCUUCUUGUUCUUGUGUUUAACCUUUCUGGUUUCUCUUCUUUGACAUUGGCUGCAAGAGAUGAUUCAGUCUAUGAAUCUUUCCUCCAAUGCCUGAAAAGCAAAACAAACCCACAAGACCAAAUCUCAGACAUAGUCUAUUCCCAAACCAAUUUAUCGUACACUUCAGUUCUUCGAGCCUACAUUCGAAAUGCUCGACUGAAUACCUCCACAACCCCUAAACCACUAAUCAUUAUAACCCCUAAACAGAUUUCCCAUGUCCAGGCUGCUGUUAUCUGCACCAAAAAGGUUGAUUACCAACUCAAAAUCCGCAGCGGUGGCCAUGACUAUGAAGGGAUUUCUUACAUUUCUAACGUUCCCUUUUUCGUUCUUGAUAUGUUUAAUCUUCGAUCCAUGGAAGUAGAUGUUAAAAAUGAAACUGCUUGGGUUCAGAGUGGUGCUACUCUUGGUGAACUUUAUUAUAAAAUCAGGAAGAAGAGCAAAGUUCAUGGUUUCCCUGCUGGGGUUUGUUUUACAAUUGGCGUUGGUGGGCAUUUUAGUGGGGGUGGAUAUGGCAACAUGUUGAGGAAGUAUGGUUUGGCAGUGGAUAACGUCCUUGAUGUUCAAAUGGUUGAUGCUAAUGGCAAGCUUUUGGAUAGAAAAACAAUGGGUGAGGGUCUUUUUUGGGCAAUUCGAGGAGGUGGGGGUGGAAGUUUUGGUGUCAUAAUCUCUUACAAAAUCAGGCUUGUUUCUGUUCCCGAGACUGUUACUGUUUUCAGAGUUGAAAGAACUCUUGAAGAAAAUGCUACUGAUUUUGUUUUCAAGUGGCAACUUGUUGCUCCGAAAACAGAUAAUGGUCUCUUCAUGAGGAUGCUAUUGCAGCCUUCGACCUCCAAGACAAACAAAACUCAGAAAACCAUUAGAGCAUCGAUUGUGGCUUUGUAUUUGGGAAACGCUGAUACUCUUGUGUCCUUAUUGGCCAAGGAAUUCCCUGAAAUGGAGUUGAAGAAAGAUAAUUGCAAUGAGACGAGUUGGAUUCAAUCUGUCAUCUGGUGGGCAAAUUAUGAUAUUGGAACAUCGCCUGAGGUUCUGCUUGAUAGAGAUAUUGACUCUGCCAAAUUCCUGAAGAGAAAAUCAGAUUAUGUCCAGACUCCAAUACCUAAAGACAAGUUGAAUGGGAUUUGGCAGUUGAUGAUUGAAUUGGGAAAAACAGGAUUAGUUUUCAAUCCAUACGGUGGAAGAAUGAGUGAAAUUCCUGCAACUAAAACUCCCUUUCCACAUCGAGCAGGGAACUUGUUCAAGAUCCAAUAUUCAGUGACUUGGGAUGAAGCAGGAAGCACAGCAGAGAACGAGUACUUGUCUCAGCCAAGGAAGCUGUACAGAUAUAUGACUCCAUUUGUGUCCAAAAAUCCAAGGGGUGCAUUUUUUCCCUACAGGGAUCUUGAUAUUGGUGUGAUGAAAGCUGGUAAAAACAGCUAUGAGGAGGGUAGUGUCUAUGGAAAGAAAUACUUUAAUGGCAACUUUGAUAGAUUGGUAAAAGUGAAGACAGCAGUUGAUCCAGACAAUUUCUUCAGGAAUGAACAGAGCAUCCCUACUCUUCCAACCAAGGCAUAGAAGAUUUUAGUAGUGAUUUUGUACUAGCAACAACUGAUUAUGUUUUGCUUUGUAAUACAAGUCAAUAAGUAAUCUGUGAUAUAUACCUUAUUGAAUCUGUGAUAUAUACCUUAUUGAUCGUACAACACAUGAUUAAUUCUUUUUAUAUUUA